GGCUGGGGACCCGCUCAGGACCGACCCCCCGGUGCUGGCUCAGUGGUUUCAGCUCGCUCGGUGGAGGAAAGGCACCCGCUGCUGCGGAGGCCGAACUCCGCCCCAAACAUCCGCCGUUCACUGGGACUCCGCUCUGUGACGACACGGAGCUCCAAACCGGGCCCGGCUCCUGCGACAGUCGCUGUUUUCUGGCUGUUCGGGAGCUCGUUUACCGGAGCUCGGGCUUUGGGCUUCGCCCUCCCCCGCAGACCACAUCUGGAUCGACCGAGCGCGUGACGUCAUCACGCCUCAUGGCACCGGGACCGUAGCUUGUAAACGGUGCCCAUCUCCCCGUUUGGUUUGGGUGUCGGUGGGACAUGUCGCCGUGGGUGAUGCCAUUGAGAUGUUGUCCAGUCGCUGGGUGUGCGCGCGUGGGUCGCGGGGAGGAAGUUUCCUGCCAGGCACAAAGCAUUCGGUCAAAUCCAGCCUUUGGGCUCUAACUUGUUUUGUUUUUCCUUGACAAUCUGCAGGUGUGGAGGUGCAUGGAUGAUGGAGGACUCUGAGGCAGAGCUGACAGUCGCCGAGUCAGAUGCUCUGGGCGCCGACUUCAUCACCGUGGAGAUGGACACACAGCCAAUUGAAUAUGUGGUGAAGUGGGCCGAGGUGGGGUCCAAGUUCACCAUCGCAUGUCUGAAGAAGGAGUCCGAGGAAGCUGGCGAUCUGAGCAGCGAGCAGCUGAAGGUGGAGGGAGACGAGCAUUUCUUUGUUCCUUAUGAGGAAGUCUACCCCUGUGAGGUGACGGAGCAGAGUGUGGAGAUCACUAUGGACUCGGAGGAGGAGGAGGAGGAGGAGGAGGAUCAGGGAGAAGCUCUGCUGGAGGCUGGCGACGUCCAGCUGGACGGAGAAGACGAGUCUGACCAGGACGACUCGGACCUGGCUCAUUUGGAGCUGGACGAGCGGCAGUACCGCUGCAGCUACUGUGGCAAGUGUUACAGCCACGCGUCCAGCCUGUACCGCCACCAGCAGACGCACGCCGCCCACGGCGGCGUCCACCCGCCUGCCACCAAGAGAGCGCUGGACGACGCGCUCAAAGAGACGGGACACACCUGCCCACAUUGCGGCAUGAGCUUCAAAGGCAGCAGGAUGCUGGGCAGCCACCUGCGUCUCCAUGGCCAGCGGCGGAUUCAUCCCUGCAACAUUUGUGGAAAAGAGUUCAACCACAGCUCCAGCCUGUCCCGCCAUCGUCUCAUCCACAAAAAGGGGCAGGGCCUGAUGAAGGACUCGGUUUCCCGUCCCACCGUGGCCAUGCUGCACUACUCGCUCAAGAGCGAUGACAAAAAGAAGAGGACCAAAGGUCGGCAGGUGUCCACGGCUGCUCACCUGUCUGCUGCAGGGGACAAGUUCUACGCCUGCCCGCAGUGCGACAUGAGCUUCAGGACGUCCACGCAGCUGUCCAAGCAUCAGGUGACCCACGUGAAGCAGCUGCUGGACAACUACACGCCCGACAAGGAGAACCUGGCUCAGUCCUCCUCGGACCUCAAGAUCCGCCUCAAGCUCUGCUCCAGGGACAAGCCCAACUUUUACACCCUCUGCAAAAGGAAGAGGCGCUGCAGGCGUGGAGGGAAGUCCCCUGCACAAGAGGAGGAGGAGGAGGAGCCAGAGGAGGAGCCAGAGGAGGAGGAGGAUGAGGAGGAAGAAGCAGAAGACGAGGAGGAGUCGGGCAGCUUGAUGGUUGGCCAUGGCUGCAGCCACUGUGGGAAGUGGUUCAGUCACGCCUCCAGCCUGGCCCGGCACCAGCACAGCCACCAGGGCCUGGGCGGCCGCCGGCCACUGGCCACUGGCUCCAAGAGUCGGACGUACACAUGCAGCACCUGCAACAAGACCUUCAUGCACUCGUCCAGCUUCUCUCGACACAAGAAGGCUCACCUGCAGGACCCGGCCAAAAGCAGGAAGAGGGCGGAGCUGGACGAGACGGCGCCGCUGGAGACGGACUCGGAGUGACGUCCGCCUAGUAUGGGAGGGAGCGCUCCGCGGGUCCAGGGCGAGCGGCGGCGUGCCACCUGGACCUUUGCGUUUGCAUGGAGCCCCUCCAUCUGGUCCGCUCCAGAAGUGUUGCUCAUUCUUCUUGUGACAACAUUGUCAGCAGCCGCUGACUGGUCUUUGCCGCGGAGCUCAGACUUACUUGUGCGAUAUUUAUUCAUUUGGAACAUUGUAAUAUAUAAAUAUUGACGUAUUUAAAGACGAGACAAAUAUGAACAACAAGACCCGACAAGUUCCUCCCUCUUUCUGUUGUCUGGUGGUUCUAGAAGGUCCUGACCUUAAGUGCACAUGAAGGUGAAGCCCCUCCCACUCCACGCUGCUCGUCCUCAUGUUCUGGUUGUUGUUAGUUCUCUGGUGUUGUGUUCCAAUAAAGACCUUCAUC